CCCGAAGAAGAGUGGGGUAGGCAAUUGGAAUCCGUAAACUUUGUCACGCUUCGCCGUCGCUCCCGGCCUUCUCCGUCGUGCACGCGCGCAAGUUAGCCGAGGAUGGAGGUGAUGAGGCAUGCCUCUACUUUCCUUCUCCCUUCUUCGUCUCCACCCACGGGCGACGGUCCCGCGCUAACUUACGCCUUGGUGGUCCUCAACCAGCGUCUCCCCCGCUUCGCCCCUCUCCUCUGGAGUCGCGCACAACUGCGGGUCUGUGCGGACGGAGGGGCGAAUCGGAUCUACGACGGGUUGCCGGAGCUGUUUCCCGAUCAAGAUCCCUUGGACGUUCGUCUCAGGUACAAACCUGAUGUAAUUAAAGGAGACAUGGAUUCUAUAAGAGAUGAUGUGAAAGAGUUUUAUUCUAAUUUGGAGGUCAAAAUAGUUGAUGAGUCCCAUGAUCAGGACACUACGGAUCUGCACAAGUGUGUAGCUUUUGUUUGCAACAGCAUACCUGAUCCAGAGAAAUCUAAUCUAUGCAUUCUUGUUGUGGGAGCACUUGGUGGAAGGUUUGAUCAUGAAGUUGGAAACAUCAAUGUUCUAUAUCGGUUCUCAAACAUCCGGAUUAUUCUUCUAUCAGAUGAUUGCUUGAUUUAUCUUCUACCAAAAACACAUCGCCAUGAGAUCCACAUCCAAUCAUCAGUUGAAGGGCCACACUGUGGUCUGAUCCCGGCUGGUGCACCUUCCACUAGUACCACCACCACUGGUCUGCAGUGGGAUCUGACUGACAUGGGAAUGAGUUUUGGUGGUUUAAUAAGCACUUCAAAUAUUGUGUGUGGGGCAAAGGUUACAGUUCGGUCUGAUUCAGAUCUCUUGUGGACGAUAUCAAUCCGAAGGGCAAAUUGAAUGCAAUAUUUUCUUUGCUUUUCCAUUUUUUUUCCCCACUAUUCAUAAAACUCCCAAUCUAUAUGUUGUUAAACAAGGAUAAUUUCUUUGGGCAUAUUGCAUGUUACAAUAUUUCGGGUGGUAAACAUUCUCAUUUAUUAUGAGUUUGUGAUGAUGACAUUUCAUUCUUGAUGCAAGCUUCUUGAGCUCUUGCUUCAUAUAUGUAUAUCAUUUAAUUAAAUUAACAAGUUAUAUUUAAAUAUUGUCUUGUA